AUGGAAGAACAUUGCAAAAAUGGCUCUACGUAUUUUAUAAACUUUUGUGAAGUAAAAACUAGUUUAUUUUGGUGAAACAACAACGUAGUGAUUCAUUGCUAGUACAAGCAAUAGUAGCAAAGUGAAAUAGUGCGUGAUUUCAAAGCAGUCCGCUCUCAAUUUGAAACCAGAAAAAUGAAACUCGUAACGGACGCCAGCUGUGAAGCACUGGAACCGGUCCGGAUCGCCAUCCGGGAGCGACCGAGUGACAUCGACCCAGAAGAUAGUAUCAUACAGCACCAUACCGCCAACGAUCAGAUUCUGAUCGUGGACGAAAGGCCGUUCGCGUUCGAUUACGUGUUCCGACCGGAAGCGUCCCAGGCACUGGUGUACGAUGCUUUGAUCCGACCGCUGGUGGUGAAAAUGAUCAAUGGAUUUUUCUGUACGGCGCUGGCCUAUGGGCAGACGGGAACGGGUAAGACGUUCACUAUGGGUCUGCAGUGGGAUCAUAGUGGACCGCAUGACGUGAACCGGGGUAUGAUAACUCGCGCGUUGGAUCAUACUUUCGAUCUGCUCAGUGAAUCGCGUAACAAGGAGGAUUACGAGAUCGAAGUCUCGUUUGUUGAGAUAUAUAACGAGAAGAUUUAUGAUUUGCUGUCGGAGAACUCGGCGGAGCCGGUGAAUACGCGCGGGUGUAAGUUUAACGGGGGAACGAAACGGUCGGUUAGCCGGGCCAAUCAGGCCCAGGAUAUUUUGAUUGAGGGUAACAAGAAUCGGCACGUUCGUCCGACUAAAAUGAACACGCUCAGCUCGAGAUCACAUGCGAUUUUCAGCAUUCAUGCAUCGGUUGUGCAUGACGAUGCUCAAAUUGUGUCCGCCCUGCAUCUGGUUGAUUUGGCCGGUUCGGAGGGGGUUCGCCGUACAGGUCAUCAGGGUAUGGCCCUUGCCGAGGGUGUUCACAUCAACCAGGGUCUGUUGAGCAUCGGGAAGGUACUGCAGGCACUGUCCAUCGGUAGUAAAGUGGUUCCUUAUCGGGAUAGUAUUCUCAGUUCGGUGCUGCAGGAUUCGUUGAAUUUGAACUCGUACCUAACGCUGCUGGCGUGCGUUAGUGCGCUGCCGGAGGAUCUGAGCGAGACGCUGUCCACGAUCAGGUUCGCCCAGGGGGCGAAGACGCUGAAGAAUAAUCCGCAGAUUAAUGCCAUUACGGCGGAACUGAAGGCUAAAGAACGCACCCGAACUCCAGGCAAACUGUACGUGCCCGGUGCUCUCAAGCCGAAAAAUCUCAAUGCUAAAACGCCCAAAUCGGCAGCUAAGCGUCCACACGCUCCCGGAGGUUCCUCGGUUAAGAAGGUACACAGCAACACCUUCUGCACGCCGAGUAAAAUCCGUAAGCUGGACUAUGGUAAGAUGAACUCAACCGUGGCACCGGUACCGGUGAACAAACAACCAACAGCGGAACUCCUUCCGCCACCGCCGCCUCCCGCAGCACCCGUAAUAGUUGUCCCACCGACGAAGGCAGCUCUUCAGGCAAACGAUGCCGCCUCGAUGAUGCCACCGCCGUUAGCGUCAAACUUGCCACGUUUUAGCGAUAUGUUGGAUAAAGACUUUGAGUCCAUUCCGGCUGAUUCUCGGUCGUCGAUUUUCAGCCUAAAUCUGUCCAGUUCUACCUCGGUUGACCAACCGGUUGCUUCGUCCAGUGCGGUGUCCCAGAGUAGCAGUUACAGUCCUAUUGUCAAAAAGUGCAUGGAAACCUUCGAAGCAACCAUCGAGCAAAAGCUCGCACAAAUGUUCGAAAAGAUUCAACACUUUCAACCACCGAUUCCGGCCACGCCCACCACCAACGCCCCCACGAUCACCGUUGAUUGCAGCACUCAACCUGACAGUAGUAGCGCCGUCAAACCAACAACCUCCAACGAUACCGGCACAGGUACCAGCGGAGCCAUUCCAUGGGACGUGAUCCGUCGCGAGAUUCAGGAAGCAAUCCGUUCGGAAAUGAGCACCAUCAAUGAUUCCCAUGUUCCAAAGUACGAGAGUACUCCCUGCCAGCAGCCGCGAUCAGCGGUGAACGAGUUCCGUGCUGCUCCGACCACAGCGAUUCGGCUAACGAAUCCUGCAUUGCUACGGCUGAAAGAGCAAGCUAAAUGUGCAACGGCGGCGGAUGAUUCCGCCGGGGAAACCGGUCUGAAUAGUACGGUUGUCGCUAAUACUAAGACUCCCCGGCACUGGGAAGUGAUUAACGUUGAUAGCGAGGAAGAGGAUGCCGGUGCCGGGGAUCACGACGAAAGUGGAGUAAUUGUACGAAAAAGACUAUCGAAACGGUUAUCCGGUUCGCGUCAACCCUUCUCCGACAUCGUUGCGAAUGUCAGCCAUCGGAUGGUACCGAAGAAAACCGUUUCGGUUGUCACCGAUGAAAGUUACCUAUGGGAGGUACAGGAUGGAAUGGUUCGUCGUCGUAGCACACGAAUUUCUCUGCGAAAAACGGUUGCCUCUCAUCAUCAACAUAGGAAAGGGUGCUGCCAGUCGGCCAAAAAGAAAAAGCCUCACUUUGAAGCGUUGAUCGAGGAUGAGAAGGAGAAUCUGGAGCAAACGCACAUUGCGGCUGCUGCUGCUACCAUGCGCAAGAAGGCUGCUCCAAUGCAGAUCAGUAACAAAGUUAUUGCCGGAUACUUUCAAACGCCGGGUGGAAAAAAGGAGCCUAAAAUGACGGCUUUCAAGCACGGAAAAGCUGUGCUGGAUCUUGUUAAUCGGGGUAGCAUUAAGGAGGUGCAAAUUCUGCCAACGGUUGGGCUUAAAAUGGCUUACCAGAUCGUCACUCAUCGCACUAUCAACGGCAAGUUCAAGAAGAUUGAUGAUUUGGGGAAGCUUUUUAUCGGUGGUAAGAAAUGGAGCAAGUUCCUCGAGGCGAAUUACCUCUCCUAACGCUUGAUUAAGCUACCAUAACCGUAUUAAGUGGUCUCGUCGCUCAUUUUAACGCAUUCAUUCGUAGAUUGUAAGUUAUAAUUUUUAUUUUUUUAAUAAGCUUCCUUCCAAUUAAUUCUGUCGACAUCCAUCUGUAAUCGCAUAGCUGUAACCAUGUAAGGUCGUCACCGUGCGACAUUUUUGUACAAAAGAAGCUCUGGAAUUUAUAUUUUUUUAUAAGGUGGCGAAUCGUUGAUCGCCGGAAUUGCAUUUAAAUCAAAAUAAGCAAACCGGAUUUUCACGAGAAAAAAAAAAAGAAAAAAGAAACACAAAUGCAAUUUUCCCAACUUUUAACAAGUUUUCUUCAGAUGUGCAUAAGUUUUCCACAUUAUUCCACAAUAUAUUUGAGCUUUUUGUUUUGU